CCCCUUUGCAGCUCGGAACCCGCUCACACGACUCCGAGGCCUCGCUUUGUUUGUUUACUUUUCCGCCGCGUCCUCGUCCUCGUCUGGUUCUUCGUCUGUUUCCUGUUUGCCUCCACAUCAGAUGGCUUCCGCUGGCACGCUCUCGGCGGCCGCUGGCAUCAAGCCAUCGCCUUCUGAUUCCAUCUCCCGACUCGCCGCCGACGCCCUUCUCACCCGCGUCUUUGGCGCAAACGCCGCCUCAUCCACCCCCGUCUCUCUCCGCGCAGGCGCAUUCUCGCUCUCCUCCACCUCAUCGUCUUCCUCCUCCUCCUCCUCCCUCUCCUCCUCAACCUCCUCCUCAACAUCCGCCUCUUCUGCCUCCUCGACCGCAGAAGCAGACCCCACAUGGCAGGAAUACGCCCGCAUCCUCGAAGAAGACGACCGCGAGCGCGACGCCUCGCUCUCGCCCGACAUCGUCGACCAGGACUCCCCCGCCCCGCGCCUCGGGCCAUCCGACAAACUCGCCUUCACAUCCGCAAACCCGCUCACCGCCAGCCUCGACUACGCCAUCUGCUCGACCUGCAGCAGACCGUUUCUCAAGCACGUUCUCGUCAAGCACAUCCGCGACUGUCUGUCGCAGGCCCAGGCUGUCGAGCAGCAGGCCCUCAAGGGCAAGAUCACCUCCAUGGCCGACAGUAAAGCCAAAGACACCAUCCGCGUCCACACUGCCACCGGCAGCGGUAGCGGCGGCGGCGGCAAAGACAGCAAGUCCGACAACGCAAAAGCCAACCGCUCCGGCGGCGGGAACGACAGCCAAAGCGGCGGCGCGGCGGGUGGUGCCUCGGGCGCUGGCGGCGGGAGCGGGGGAGGGAACGGCGGCAACGACGGCGACAAAGACAAAAAGAAGAAAGACAGCUCGUCGAGUUCAAAGAAGCGCAAGGCCGACGGCGCGGACUCGGAGAAACCGGUGUCGAAGAAAAAGAAGCAGACCGUCAAGGCUGUGCCGAAACCAAAGGGCCCUGUCGACGUCGAGCGACAGUGCGGUGUGCCACUUCCCAACGGCGGUUUUUGCGCGCGGUCACUGACGUGCAAAUCCCACUCCAUGGGUGCGAAGCGCAACGUCCCGGGCCGGUCACAGCCAUACGAUGUCCUGCUCGCGGCCUACCAGAAAAAGAACCAGCUGAAGCAGGCAGCGCUGACCUCAUCCGCGCAGCUGGCAGAGGACAUGGAACUCGCAAACGGACCGGUCGAUUCGGACGAGGAAGUCGAAUCCGUCAUGGACGGCGUCCAUCGUUCGUUCCCGGUCCCUCUCGAGCGCAAGGUCGUCAUGCCGGUCCGCAUCAAACACCAAUUCUUCCGGAUGCGUGAGAUGUUUGCCAGCGCGUUCUCCCGACCGAUAUAAGUCCUUCCUCCUUGACAUACUAGCCUCUGUACAAUAGUUUCUUGUGAAAUAUUUUCCAUUAUUUGUUGACUACUUAUUCCUAUAAUCGGGUUUUGCUUAUUUGAAUGAGAUUUCUUUCUUCUUUUGUUUUGCGGCGUUUCGCUUUGUUGUGUAUUUUGUUGUUAUAUUUGCAUUAGCUGAGAAAGAAGAUAUUUGAUCACUCCU